AUGGCUUCUAAACCAGGAAUCCUCACUGAUUGGCCUUGGAAGCAUCUUGGAAGUUAUAAGUAUAUGAUCCUGGCUCCCUGGGCGGUGCAUAGCAUAUACUCCUUUACCAAAGAAAAUCAGAGAGACCUGGGAUACUUCCUCAUAUUCCCGUUUCUGCUAGUGAGGAUGCUCCAUAACCAGAUUUGGAUUUCUCUUUCCCGUCACCGAACAGCCAAAGGAGACAACAGGAUCGUUGACAAGGGCAUAGAAUUCGACCAAGUUGAUAGAGAAAGGAAUUGGGACGACCAGAUCUUGUUCAAUGGGUUAUUAUUUUAUAUAGGUUUUACGUUCAUUCCUCCGCAUUAUUCCAAGCUUCCUCUGUGGAGAACAGAUGGCAUAAUCCUUACAAUUUUGCUUCAUUCGGGUCCAGUGGAAUUCCUUUACUACUGGUUUCACAGAGCAUUGCACCACCAUUUCCUCUACUCUCGCUAUCAUUCUCAUCACCAUACUUCUAUUGUCACUGAGCCCAUUACCUCUGUCAUUCAUCCAUUUGCUGAACACAUAGUAUAUUUCAUGCUCUUUGCAAUACCAUUGCUAAAAACGAUGCUUACAAGAACUGCUUCUAUAAUCUCUUUCGCUGGUUACGUCAUCCACAUCGACUUCAUGAACAAUAUGGGACACUGUAACUUUGAAUUUAUCCCCCACUCCCUUUUCUCCAUCUUUCCUCCUCUCAAGUAUCUCACGUAUACUCCCUCGUUUCAUUCGUUACAUCACACUCAAUUUCGGACUAACUACUCGCUAUUUAUGCCACUAUAUGAUUACAUUUAUGGUACAGUGGACAAAAGUUCGGAUGCUCUAUAUGAAACUUCAAUCAAAAAAGACCACUCAGAAUCAGCUGACGUGGUACAUCUAACGCACCUAACUACGCCUGAUUCAGUUUAUCAUCUACGCCUAGGAUUUGCCUCAUUGGCCUCAAAACCCCACUCAUCCCAUUCCAUAUGGUUCAUCUGGCCCCUCACUUGUUUCUCUGUUUUCUUCACUUGGAUUUUCGCCACUGCAUUUAUUUCUGAGAGCAACACUUUCCAUAAACUUAAAUUGCAGACCUGGGUCUUACCAAGAUACAUUGUGCAAUUUUUGCCCUGGCGAAGAGAAUCCAUUAACAGCUUGAUUGAAGAUGCCAUACUAGAAGCAGAUAAGAGAGGAGUUCAAGUAGUGACUCUAGGUCUUCUCAAUCAGAGUGAAGAGCUAAAUGGAAACGGAGAGAUGUAUAUCCAAAGAUAUCCAGAGCUGAAAGUAAAGGUGGUGGAUGGUAGCAGCUUGGCAGUGGCUACAGUGGUUAACACCAUACCCAAAGGAACAACCCAACUACUCUUUAGAGGGAAACUUAGCAAGGUUGCUUAUGCAACUGUAUCCGCUCUAUGUGAAAUGGGCAUCCAGGUAGCCGCAGUACGCAAGGAAGAGUACGAGAAGCUUAAACUCAGGCUGACGGCCGCGUCUCGUAAUAAUUUAGUCCUCUCCACAAGUUAUGCUCACAACAGGAUAUGGUUGGUUGGAGAGGAUUUAAAGGAUGAGGAACAGUUGAAAGCAUCAAAAGGAACGAUAUUCAUUCCUAUUUCGCAACUCCCUCCGAGAAAAGUUCGAACUGAUUGCUUCUACCACAUUACACCAGCAAUGAUAGUUCCUCCCUCUUUAUAUAAUAUGCAUUCUUGUGAAAACUGGCUGCCAAGAACGGUGAUGAGUGCGUGGCGUGUGGCUGGGAUAAUACAUGGCUUAGAAGGAUGGGAUAUAAACGAAUGUGGGCAAACAAUGUGCAACAAUGACCAAGUUUGGCAAGCUUCCCUUCGACAUGGCUUCCUCCCUUCAAGGAUUGUUGAUUGA